GCCGGGGGCCGCGCUUCCUUCCGCUGCUCCUGCGACCGCCGGCGCGGCCAUGGCGCUUUUCGAGCAGAUGCGCGCAAACGUGGGGAAGCUGCUCAAGGGCAUCGAGAGAUAUAACCCGGUGAACCUGGUCACCCUGGAGCACUACGUGGAAACCCAAGCCAAGGAGAACACCUAUGACCUGGAGGCCAACCUGGCUGUUCUCAAACUGUACCAGUUUAACCCUGCCCUUUUCCAAACCACAGUGACUGCCCAGAUCCUCUUGAAGGCACUGACCAACUUGCCUCACACAGACUUCACGCUCUGCAAGUGCCUGAUUGACCAGGCUCACCUAAAGGAGAAGCCUCUCAAACAGAUCUUGUACUUGGGAGAGUUGCUGGAAACCUGCCACUUCCAGGCUUUCUGGCAAGCGCUGGAUAAGAACAUGGAUAUCCUGGGUGAGAUCACAGGAUUUGAGGAUUCUGUUAGGAAAUUUAUCUGCCAUGUGGUGGGGAUUACAUAUCAGCGCAUUGACCGAUGGCUUCUGGCGAAGAUGUUGGGGGACCUCACAGACAACCAGCUGAAAUCUUGGAUGAGUAAAUACGGCUGGACAGAGACAGAACUCGGGACAAUCUUCAUCUGCAACCAGGAGGAGAGCAUCAAGCCCAAAAACAUUGUGGAGAAAAUAGACUUUGACAGCGUCUCCAGCAUCAUGGCUUCUUCACAGUGAGGAAGGCCUCCGCCAGUGGCUCCCCCUCUUCACCCUGUUCUGUUUAUUUUAAUGCUUCGGGUUAUAAGAGUAUGACCAAUAAAUGCCUCAGUUUGG